GUGCCAUGGACUGACUUGUUUAUUGUCGGGCAAGAUGGAGUUCCUUUUGGGAAAUCCUUUCACUACCCCUGUGGGGCAUUGCAUUGAGAGAGCCACUGAUGGCUCCUUGCAAAGUGAAGACUGGACUCUCAACAUGGAAAUAUGUGAUAUCAUCAAUGAAACAGAGGAUGGACCUAAAGAUGCCAUUAGAGCGGUCAAGAAGAGACUCAGUGGUAACAAGAACUACAGAGAAGUGAUGCUGACUUUAACGGUUCUUGAGACGUGUGUUAAGAACUGCGGUCAUCGUUUUCACGCUUUAGUAACUAGCAGGGACUUUGUCGAUGGCGUUCUUGUUAAAAUAAUCUCUCCUAAAAACAACCCCCCCACCAUUGUUCAAGAUAAAGUACUCUCCUUGAUCCAGGCGUGGGCUGAUGCGUUCAGGAGCAGUCCUGACCUCACAGGUGUGGUUCAGGUUUAUGAGGAGCUAAAGAGGAAAGGCAUCGAGUUCCCCAUGUCCGACCUGGAGACCCUAUCACCCAUACACACACCUCAGCGGGCAGCGACUGCUCCAUCCGGUGACUCAACUCUACAUAAGUUCAGCAGCACCACUAAACCCACAGCACACACUGUCCCACCAGCCUACACAACCCCUCAGGUCCCUAACAUUCAUGCCUCUGGAUCGAUCAAUCCCAGCCCCGAACAGAUUUGCCGGCUACGCAGCGAGUUGGAUGUUGUUCGUGGUAACACUAAGGUGAUGUCAGAGAUGUUGACUGAGAUGGUGCCAGGACAGGAGGACUCUUCAGACUACGACUUACUGCAGGAGCUGAACCGGACUUGCAGAGCCAUGCAGCAGCGGAUAGUGGAGCUCAUAUCCUGUGUUUCUAACGAGGCAGUGACCGAGGAGCUGCUGCACGUAAACGAUGACCUCAACAACAUUUUCCUUCGCUACGAAAGGUAUGAAAGGUUUAGAUCUGGGAGGUCCUCGGCUCAGACUGUCAACAAUGGGGUCCUCAGCGAGGCUACAGAAGACAACCUCAUCGACCUCGGUCCAGGCUCUCCUGCCGUGGUCAGUAACAUGCCGCACACAGCUCCAACCAGUUUGCCCCCCACCCUGACGGCACCCACAGGAGGACCUUCCUCCCCAAGCACCUUGUCCUCCCGCCUGGCUGGUUUAGAUGUGGGCGCAGACAGUGUGAGCAGUACCCUGAGCUCCCUCGUCAGCUGUAAACCUCCACCUGCACAAGACGACUUCGACGUGUUCGCUCAGACCAGAACCGGAGCCAUAACCGAACCACACAAAACUACCACUGCAGAGCCCAGCCGCACUGCUCGUGACCCCCCUCCCACACUUGAUGUUCAACAGCAAGCUGCAGGAGGGGGAGUUGGACAUCAGUCCUCUGUCAUGGAUGACAUAGAGGAGUGGCUGUGUACUGAUGUGAAAGGGGAUGAAGUUGAAGAAGGAGUCACCAGUGAAGAGUUUGACAAGUUCCUCGAAGAGAGAGCCAAAGCUUCUGAGACGACCCCCAUCUUACCGUCGCCCCCGAGUGGCAACCCGGGCACAGCGCAGGGAACCCCCAGCAGGAAGAAGCCGGGAAGACCAGAGGACGCUCUGUUCGCCAUGUAGACGUCCCACCUUCGACCUCUCCUCAGCCUUGGACCCGAGCAGCACCCGAGGCCAGACUAACGGCUCAGAAACAGAUCCACCCGUGUUCCACCUCAUCCCACUGCUA